UUCAGAUAUCACUCCCAUUUUUUAACAUUAGUCCUUGUCACGUUAAUAAAAGAUGGCCGCUAAUACUUUUAUUUACGAUGAACCAUAUGAUCAAGGAAAACACAAGAAAGGAACGCAACAUUGUCAUGUUACAAACACAAAUAGCGAUGGUCUGAAUAAUCAUUAUGAAGAUCUUGACCAAGUCAUGACUAGAAUUUCACUUGCAAACAAUGAUAAUAAUGGGGAUGUACAACAUACGCGUUUGAUUCAUCGUAACAAAAGAAUGGUUAUUGGAGUUUUAGUUGGACUUUUUAUUGGAAGUUUGAUUUCAGGUGCUGUCGUUUUCUUGAUUUUGAAGUAUUCCACGUCUAUAUCUAAUAUAGAAGGGGAGCUUAACCAAGAAAAUUUAGAUACGUACUUGACAACGGAAAAGUAUUCUAAUGAUACAGAUUCGGGAUUAAGGAUGAAGAUUGAUCAUACACCUGGGACAACCAAAAAGUAUUCUGGUGGGGUUGACACAUAUUCGAAAGUCACGAAGAUUGAGCGUCCUGGUUGUUCAUGUGACUGGUAUCGAUUUCAAGGUGUUUAUUACUGGGUAUCGAACCACUCUAGUAAUUUUGCAAACGCACAGACAUUUUGCAGAAAUCGAAGGGGAUAUCUUGUAGAAAUCAAAACAACUGUUGCCUACAAGUUUUUGCAGUUACUAGCAAGUACAGGAGAUGCAGAACGUUAUUGGAUUGGCGCGACAAAUCGACCUAAUGGAGGACCAUGGAAAUGGGAUAAAUCAAAUACAUUAGUAGAUCCAUUAUUAGAAGAUUGGGAAGAAGGACAGCCUGAAAAUAAAAAUGAAGAUUGUGUCACGUUAGAAAAGACAAAGGAAGAGGUCUAUCAAUGGCAUGACUGGUUUUGUUCAUCCACACAUGCUUUCAUAUGUCAAUAUUAACUUACGCGUUGAAUCGACAUGAAGGACAUGAAGGAUAAGGAUCAAAAGGUCAACGUGUCAUUUACAUAUUAAAAAGUGUGUUUGAAAAAAACAGUUUUGGAAACUAUUCUGAUGAAUGAUUUUGUGCUCGAUUUUCCUUUUUGGGAAUUCAAUUAACAACAAUUUCAUUCAAAGUCCCAUUUUAGACCACAUUGUAGCUUUUUUGUGCGGUCUUUCUGUAAUAUAGAA